AGAGUGAGGAUGAGGGACGGUAUAAAGCUCGGCCAAACUCCAUCCAGUUCACAACACACUCUGAGUCUGCAGUCCAGAACCAGAGAGCCUGAGACCUGCCACAAGAGAUGCAUCUUCCCACUAUUCUUUUUUUGUUGGGGUGCUGUUGUGCCCUUUCAAUGGGUGCAGCAGAAGAGAGUCCCGGGAGACGUUUCAUUCUAGAUUCAAUUGAGGAAGCAAAGCAAAUAGUAGAUGCUGCUUACAAGUAUUCUCGUGAUGAGAGUUUAGCAAGGGUGCGCAGAGAUGUCAUCAAGCCUUCGGACAAGCUACGUCUGCUGAAACAGCCAGCUCGAAAAACACGAGAGGCGGUGAGAGCCGCAGACUACAUGGGGCAAACACUCAGACUGAUCAGUGAGAAAGCUCAUCAUGUACACAAGAGGUCCAUCAAUGCCACAGAUCUGCUCACUCGAGACGAGCUUAACACGAUUACACGUCUGACAGGCUGUGCUGCUCAAAUCCAGCCCCCUUCUUGUAGAACCACACCCAACAUGAACAAGUAUCGAACUGCCAACAAUGUCUGCAACAACAGGAGGAACCCCCUUCUUGGUGCAUCCAACACCCCUUUUGCCCGAUGGUUGCCUGCUGAAUAUGAGGAUGGCAUCUCCCAGCCCAAAGGGUGGGAUCCCAACAAAUUGCACAAUGGUGCAGCGCUGCCCCUGGCCAGACUGGUUUCCAAUCAUAUUCUAAGCACUGCAGAUGCUGACGUAGAGAGUGAUCAUGACUUUACCUUCAUGCUUACCAUAUUUGGGCAAUGGGUUGACCAUGAUCUGACUUUUACACCCAACUCACCAAGCAUUAGGUCCUUCAGCAGUGGCCUCAACUGUGAUUUGAGCUGUGAGCGCUCUGAACCCUGCUUCCCGAUUCCGGCUCCUCCAGGAGAUCAACGCCUGCGCCCUGCGUCCUGCCUCCCUUUCUUCCGUUCAUCACCAGCCUGUGGUUCUGGAAACACUGCCUAUAUGUUUGGUGGGGUCCCCAAAGUUCAGGAACAGAUCAACUCUCUAACAGCUUUCCUAGAUGCUGGACAGGUUUACGGAGCAGAAGAUGGGCUAGCAAAAGGACUCCGAGACCUGACUAAUGAUGGUGGUCUUCUGCGUGUCAACGAUCAGUUCCAGGACAAUGGACGAGAGCACCUGCCCUUUACUAGUGUAAAAAGUAACAUGUGUGCCACGCGUGGGAAAAUCCUCAAUGACACCACCUUAAUAGAGGUGCCUUGCUUCAUUGCAGGGGAUGUUCGUGUUGAUGAGAACAUUGCUCUUACCUCAUUACACGCACUUUUCGUGAGAGAGCACAAUAGAUUGGCUCGUGCCCUCCAUGUGCUCAAUCCUACCUGGAGUAGUGAAACCCUCUAUCAAGAGGCAAGAAAAAUUGUGGGUGCCUACAACCAGAUCUUGGUGAUUAAGGAAUACUUGCCAAUAAUUGUGGGCCCUGAUGCUUACAAUAGAAACCUUGGACCAUAUCCAGGUUACAAUGAUAAUGUGGAUCCUACCAUUGCAAACGUCUUUGCCACUGCAGCUUUCCGUUUUGCCCACUUGGCCAUCCAACCCAUUAUAUCUCGUCUUGAUGAAAAUUACCAGAACCAUCCUCAAUUUCCAAGUGUGCCCCUCUAUGAGGCCUUCUUCUCCCCAUGGAGGGUGAUAUUCGAGGGGGGCAUCGAUCCUCUGCUCCGUGGAUUGAUUGGUCGGCCAGCAAAACUGAAUACGCAGGACCACAUGAUGGUGGAUGCUCUUAGAGAGAGACUGUUUGCCUUUACAGCCCACAUUGCUUUGGACUUGGCCGCCCUCAAUAUGCAAAGAAGCCGUGACCACGCUAUACCAGGCUAUAAUGCAUGGCGACGGUUCUGUGGACUGUCUGCACCUCAGAAUGAGCAAGAAUUGGCUGUGGUGAUGAACAACCCUGAACUGGCUCGCAAGCUGAUUGAGCUUUAUGGCACCCCUGAGAACAUUGACAUUUGGUUGGGAGGUGUUUCUGAGCCUUUUGUUCCUGGUGGCCGUGUUGGUUCUCUUUUUGCCUGCCUAAUAUCUAGACAGUUCCAGCACAUUCGCGAUGGUGACAGGUUAUGGUGGGAGAACAAAGGAGUGUUUACAACCAAACAAAAAGCAUCUCUGGCCUCUGUGUCGCUGGCCCGCAUCAUCUGUGACAACACUGGAAUCGUCAGAGUUCCCAGAGAUCCUUUCCGCUUCACCAGUUCAGACAAUUUCAAAAACUGUGGGGAUAUCCCCGCCUUAGACCUCAACCCUUGGAUUGAAAUUGGUGAUGGUGGUAUCAACAUAUCAGACAUCGGAAACGAGAUACCAUACAAGGACCUCCAGGACCCAGAGGACCUCCAGGGGAACCUGGUCCACAAGGUGUAGCAGGCCCACCUGGACCUCCAGGACCCCCAGGACCCCCAGAUAAUACGACCGGACAAAAUUCUGCCUUCUUUGCUUUUCUUGGCACCACCCUUCCUGCCUCUGCUAAGGUGAUUGUGUUCAGUCGGGUCCUUUACAAUGGACAGAACCAUUAUAACCAAAAAUCAGGGCUGUUCUUCUGCCAGAUUGCUGGUGUAUAUGAAUUUCAGUUCUCAUGCAUAGGAACUCAGACUUUGGGCACUGUGACCUUUAAGAAAAAUAAUGCUGUACAGCUAACUGCUGAAAAAAUCGUCUUUAAUACGCGAACAUUAGCUGAAGGAAAGGUCAUACUGAACCUACAGAUAGGAGACCGUGUGUCUAUAGAGGUUUCUCGGGGUGCUAAUGGUAUUACCACUUCCAGCUAUUUCUCUGGCCAUAUUCUCUUCCCUGUUUGAGACUAUUACUUUUAAAGCACUACUCUUUUUCUUUUUAUGUAGCUUUCUUUUUAUGUAUGUUUGCUUUUAGCGAAGGAUAAACAAAAUAAAGAAAAAAAAAAUUAUAUCAAUUCAU